CGUUGUCAAAUGUCAACGAUAUUUGUGUGUGUUUAGUAUCAACUUUGUACAUGUACGAUGUUCUAGAGAAUUCGCGAGAGAGCGUGGAGAGGUGAACAAAUAUAUCUAAUAUCUUACUGAAAGGUUUCUGGGUACCUAGUGCUGUUGUGUCGUUUGAAACUUUGCUUCAGUUUUCAAUAAGUGCGAGCGUGUGUAAGAUAUUUUUAUUCUUAUUUGCGGUAACAUAAUCACAAAAGGAAAAUGUCUUAUAUGUUAGGACAUCUUCAUAAUGGAUGGCAGGUAGACCAGGCCAUCUUAUCAGAGGAAGAUAGAGUUGUGGUAAUACGUUUCGGCCAUGACUGGGAUCCAUCUUGUAUGAAAAUGGAUGAAGUAUUGUACAGUAUAGCAGAAAAAGUGAAAAACUUUGCAGUUAUAUACCUGGUAGAUAUAACAAAGGUUCCUGACUUCAAUAAAAUGUAUGAACUGUAUGAUCCAUGUACAGUAAUGUUCUUCUUCCGGAACAAACAUAUAAUGAUUGAUCUGGGCACUGGUAACAACAAUAAAAUAAAUUGGCCACUGGAAGAUAAGCAGGAGAUGAUUGAUAUAAUAGAAACAGUGUAUCGUGGUGCAAGGAAAGGGAGAGGUCUUGUAGUGUCACCAAAAGACUAUUCAACGAAAUACCGUUACUAAAUUUUGCUUUGUGCUGUGGUAUAGAAGAUCUGUGGAACAUGACACCAGCUGACUCUCAGUGUGUGUGAUAGAGAUGAUGAUGCCUUGCAGUGUCUGCAAGUAUUUUUUAUUUACUAUAAUGGAAACCAUUAUAUUUCUACUUACACACUUUGUUUUAAAGGUGUAUUUGUUGUGUUCAAUAAAAUCUAUGUAAGUAUUA